ACAUCUUAGGACAAGCCCUGAAGUGACCCAGACACACUGUCACCCAAAUUAUUAGUUGUACUACGUACCACCAUGUCUAGCGAGUUCUUUAACGUGCCACUCCGACGGGUUGCCUUUGGACAUCGAGAUGAGUUCCGCCAGCCCGGUGCUAUCAAGGCGGCGCUAGCCGAGUUCUUCAGUACCCUGAUUUUUGUGUUUGCUGGUGAGGGUUCCGGCAUGGCUUACAACAAAUUGACUGGGAAUGCUCCUACCUCCCCAUCCGGCCUUGUGGCGGCAGCGGUGGCUCAUGGUUUUGCUUUGUUUGUAGCUGUUGCCGUCAGUGCUAACAUUUCCGGCGGUCAUGUAAACCCUGCCGUCACUUUUGGUUUGUUUCUUGGUGGAAACGUCUCUCUCUUCCGUGGUAUCCUUUAUAUAAUUGCUCAGCUGCUGGGCUCUGUCGUUGCUUGCCUUCUCCUCUUGUUCUCAACUGGUGGACUGGAAACAUCUGCAUUUGCUUUAACUGCCGGCGUGUCGGUGUGGAACGCCUUUGUUUUCGAGAUUGUAAUGACCUUUGGCCUGGUUUACACUGUGUACGCCACCGCUGUUGACCCAAAGAAGGGAGAAAUUGGCAUUAUUGCACCAAUUGCAAUUGGUUUCAUCGUGGGUGCCAAUAUUCUGGCGGGUGGUGCAUUUACCGGUGCUUCAAUGAACCCUGCAGUGUCAUUUGGUCCAGCUCUGGUCAGCUUCACCUGGACCCAUCACUGGGUAUACUGGGCUGGACCUCUUAUCGGUGGUGGCCUUGCUGGUAUUGUUUAUGAAGUCUUCUUCGUCAACCAUUCUCACGAACCCUUGCCAGGUUCAGAGUACUGAUUAAUCAAAUGAAAACCACCCGGUUAUUUUAUGCUUUUGUAUUUUUGCUGCUUGGUGGGAGGAUUUAUUUAAGCUUGUUCUCUUUGUUAUCUUGUUUGUACUUCUCUGUUGAAUUUGCAUCAUGUAUUUGCUGUUGCUGUAUUUCUAUUCCCAAUUUCAAGUUUUGUCGUUAUAAUAAGCUGUUUUCUAUUUUUA